GUUCAUACUUGAAUAAUAGAGAGAGAGAGAGGAAGAAGGAUGGAGGAAAAAUAAUCUUGAGGUAAGUUUUUUCCCCUUUUUUAUUGUGGCGUACAGUUUCUUAGACAAUGCCUGACCCUGACAACGUCAAUCCCGUCGGCAAAGCUGUAAGGAACAUUCCAAAAAUAUCCAACGCAACACACCCCUUCGUAACCUGAACACUUUCCUUCUCGUUUAAUGACCUAAAGCUAAAAGAGAAGCUGACAUUAUUACUUUGUGUUUGUUUAUCUCAUUCUAAAAUCCACAAUCUAACAUUCACAAUCAUUCCAAAUUUUUCACAUCAACUGUUCUUGAUUGAAAUCAACUUGCUUGUUUUUAAUAUAUUUUUGAAUUUUCCUUGACGCGUGACCUAUCGUUAUUCUUCCGCUGUUUCUCCCUAAGUCACACCUUGAGUGAUCGGAAAUUGCGUCAGAAUCUUAAUCGGUCGCUCAAGCUCAACUUUCUCUUUCGUGGCGUAAUGAACGUCAUCGUCCAAAGCUUUGAACGAUGGAUUUAGUGAAGGUGUAUGUACUGAUAAUUCUCGGAGUUGAUUUGUUACUGUCGAAACCAGGUAAAUGAGAGAGGAGCAUUUGAUAAUUAUAAAGUGCAAGCGCGUAAUCGAAUGUCAAGUUCUCGAGAUAGCGUCGUUUCAUUUUAGAUUUAUUCUGAACGACAGACCGAUCCAGCACUAUACUUUCGAGUUUAAUUAAAAGAAAAUGAAUUCUUGAGUGAAGAAUCUCAGGAUAGAAUACUCUUUGAUUCACUGCCACAAUUCUUUUAUGACUUGCAAGCCGAGCCACGGACGAAGAGGGAAUAAUUUGCAGUGAGAAGGAAGUGGCAGUUUACUUGUUUAAAUCGUUAAUGAUCAAAUUUACGUAUACUGUGUAAUGUUGGUUUAAAAAUUAUGUUAAAUAACCUAACAUUGUCCUCUAGCUUUUAUCCAGUUGUAGCUUUAAAACUGUUUGUUUUGUAUUCAUCGCGACUGUACACAGAUCUUCAUAAAGUUGAAAACGAUUGUAAUAUAUGGCGUGACGGCGUGACCGAUGACGUCAUACUAAACUGCACAUGGCAUGCAAUGUGUAACGCAACCCAGGUGUGUUGCAUGAGAAAAUUAAGGGAUUUAUAAAAUGUACCGAUUUUUACUUCAUACACUGUUGUUAGCAUAUAACACUGCUUGCUUGUUAAAAUGAAAACCAUAUGAAUUAUAACGAUUUGAGAGUCUAAGAUAAUCUAAUUUUUAGCGCCCAUCUUUCUUGUGGAUGUGGGUUAAAUUUAAAGAAGAUUGAAAUAUGGUCGCUAUUCCCCAGAUCCUCCUUCUGUGCGAAUCAGGUCCGCUUCAGAGGGGGGGAAAAAUGAUAAAGAUGGCAAUCCAAGAAAACUAGAAAUGAUUUUCUGCACGUAACAGUUAAACCAGCAAACAGUGCAUUUUUUCACAAACACAUAGACACACACUUCACUGGCACUAAUUAUUAGUCUAACUUCUAUGCAAUUGGGCUAUUCUAGAUGGAGAGAGGCUAUGUUCGUGUUAUACCUUCAGUAAAAGACGAUGGUCAUGGCCAAAUGCAAGGGAAUCCUGUAAAUCCAACAAUAAAACACUCGCAGUAAUGGAAUCAGAACAGGAAUGGCAAUUUAUUACAAAUGAGAUUCAAAAUAAAUCAGGCAGCCAAUAUGGUGAAUGGUCUAUAGGCUUAGAAAAAAAUUCAACAACGCAGAAAUGGACUUGGAUCAAUGGUAAAUCUCUGACUAUUGAUAAAUGGCAUAAGGUGGGCAUCAAUCCUGACCCAAAUGACACUUACGGACUGAUUCAUAGGGAAUAUCCAGCAGGAUUUAAAGGAUCACUUAGUACCUAUAGGAGCUACCUUGAAAGAGAAUGGAUUUGCGAGGAAGAAACAGGUAAUGAUCAGUACCAGAAAGAAGAAAAUAAUUUGUGAAUCAAAUGCUGUUGUUAUGCACAGUUUUUUUUUCUAUAAACUACUCUAACCCCCCCCCUUCCCCGUUCUUUAUCUUUCCUAUCCCAACGUACUCUUUCCGAAGGCCGCCUAUAGCUUUCUAAGUUAAAGGUACGUGACAUUGAAACUUUAUCACUCAUUCGAGGCAUUGAGUUAGAUCUUGAGAAACUGUACAUUUCCUUGUUAUCGGGAUAUCACUCGAGAUAUGUAUAGUGGUGGGGACAAUAGUUAUGUUUCUUUAACAGCUACCUGUCAAGGGAUUUGCUUUGUCCAUCCUGUUCCAAUGAGCACAAGUCAUCCUAGAACAUCAAUUGGGACAAAAGCUGCUACCAUACAAAGCAAAACAUCAUCCGAACAUAAAAGCAAUGAUUUAUCAGGUAAGAUCAUGUAUCGCUUGUUAAUUUUAAGAUAUGUAGACGAGUCAUAUCCAUAUUGUUGGUUUGUUAGUUGAAGGUUGGUCACUUGGUUAAAUAUUCAGUUAAAACAGCCAGAAGCACUUUUUAAGGAUUUGUAUUCAAGUCGCUACGAGAAAACAAGUUAAAAAUUAAGUACACUAAACGCAUUAAAUCUAGCGACCUCAAAAAUUGACCUCACUCCCACCACGGCGAAAUCAACAGAGAAAGUUCAGCCGGGGUUUCUUUUUCAUAUAGAAGAGUUUUCAAUUUUCUAAGGUCUACAAUCCUUGGGGAUUCCCUAUGCGAGACUUUCAAGCAGCACUCUCUCUUUCCAUUACUUUCCAUGCGUUAUCCUGUGUUAGUAGAGUCAACCUAAUUAUCAGCUCGACUUUAAUUUUUUUAAGCUUUGUCGACGACCCAAGGUUCCCCGACGACCACAUUUCCAUUUCCAGUAGUAACAAAGGUCGAAGACCUCAAGAAAGGUCCCAACUGCUUUUCUCUUUAUCUGGCAAUCGCUAUUUUAGCAGCAUUUUUGUUUAUAGUGAUGAUCAUCCUCGCCGUGGUUUUGAUACUGCUGCGAAAAAAACAACAAGAAAAAGGUACUUGGAUUUUAUUUGCAUUGUCCAUCAAAUUCAACGUGACAUGUAGCCAUCUCUAUCGUCAGGGCAAUUUAGGGGUAGGUUUGAUUUACAUAUCAUUUAAUAUUAAUUCAACCACAGUUCUAGAGAUGUAUAUGAAUUUAACUGGCAAGGAAGCUAAAUGUAAGUAAAAGUAGCGAGUAAAGGUGCAAGAAAAAUGAACAACAAUGAUUAUAAAUAAAUAAUAAAAAUUUAUAAUAAAACAAUUAAAUAAAAACCGAGUUGUGGCAAAGGAAUUGAUUACACUACUUAAGUCUAAAGUGUCCUGGACUUUAAUACUAUGCUGCCUUGUAAGACCGACUGGUUCUGGAAAAGUCAUACUUAAAGAUCAUAAAAAUUACGCUACGACAAAUCUGAUUAAAAUAACAGUCUUAAAUGACGUUCUCAAAGGAAAUAGUUGGUCGUAUCACUAAUAAGCUCCGCGACUACCUCUUGGCUAUCGAGUUUAUUAAUUUGUCAACCGAAUACCAAGUACUUGUAUGUGUUCCACUAAAAUACUGCCGGAUGAACCGACAAAUUGCGGGAAGUCUGGCGUCAUUUUUUUUCCAACAACCUAAAUUGAAACCUUUCGAAGAAAACAAAAGUUCUUUCUUUCUUUCUUUGCUGCUAACGGUUGUACCUGAUUUCAUCCACUAGCCUCAAGAAACAAAGCUGUCAAAAUGUAAGUUGCUUCUGCAUCACUUUUAUUUCUCGUUUAUUCAGUUUGGUACACAUGUAAAUUAAGGCCGAAUGUAUCUCUUGAACACUACAUAAAAAUUAAUGAUUUGGAAGAAAUACAUUUUCUCUGUGGCAUCCAUUUUAACUAUUCCAUGGGUUUGUUUUCAAAGUGCAACUAAGAGUUUUCGGCCCGUUUGGGAGGGAAGAAGACUUGCACAGAAAUGCAAAGACAGAUGGCUCGAUGCUUAAAAAAGUGACAAAAGCUUGAAAGCUAAUGCAGCCGUAGUUGCCUAAAAGCCAGUGAGCAAGAGCCUGACUUAUUUGCCCUAUUCCUAUAUUUACUUACUUGGAAGCAGUAAGACUCGAAAAAGAGAGCACAUAACUAUUUGUGGAACGAUGAUAAUAAAUUCAGAAAUUAAAAAAAAAAAGUAGUAAUAAUAAACCAGGUUUCAAAGAGAAGAACGAGGAAAUCCUAUUCAAAUGUUCAUAUAACCAGUAGUACAAAAUUUUUAAUUGGCGCUUUCGAUAGGCUGAAACCAGAUUUUUCAUGCCCAUGCGAUGCUGAAAUCGUCAUUCCUACCGAUUUUAUACCAUAGUAGAUUUCGCGAUUUCACGAAGGAAAUCGACUGUCACUUGAGCACAGAACACCCAAGCUGUCUAUGUGCUCUGGAACUCUGUAGGUUUUCUAACAAGUUGAGUAGAUAUCAUAUCCGUGAACCUUCGCCAAAUAAAUAUGGGGUGCUGCUAGUUGUAUGUUGUUUAAAGUUUCAAAAGUUUGUUUGUCUUCCUGUUGUUAGUCAGUCUAAUUGCAUUUUCAAAGGUCAUUAACAAUGAACCUGGACCUUCUUACCUUUUUCUUUUUGUUUGUUUAUUUUUUUUGCUCCCAUUAUACAGAAAUCAGCGUGACUUUCCAGAGAGCUUGCCAUUGAAUGUUUUGAAUGUUGAUGCCCGGGUAGAGUUUGCUUCGCAAAAUGGAACCGGGAUUGAGAGUCUCCAUAGUGAACCGCUUGUCCAACAGGAGGGCGCAUACACCGAGCUGUUUCCGGAGUCAAUGAUGGUAAUUAUACUUACAACGAACUUGAAAUUACUCAAUAUAAGCCCUAUAAAAAAACAGGGAAUAUAGUAUGUGUCUUACUUCCUUUCUUAAAACUUUUUAGCUGUUCCUCUAGAUGUUUGCUCUCUGCAUCGCCCCUUUCUCUACGCUUAUAUAUUGCUACUCUGAGGCACCUUGAGUGUGGUAUUUUGACAAAAAAAUUUUCAUAUCAAAUAAGUUUGAUUGUUUUAUCCAUUUACCAUUAUUAUUCAUCAAAUUUUAUUCAUCCGUUUAUGUCCUUACUUUCCCUUACAUCUAUUUUAAACAUCACUUGUUUGAUUAAGACCUUAUGGAAUGGCGGGUGAAGGGGUCUCAUUUGGAAAUAGGCAAUAAGAUUUAAGCGCAGUAUCUAACAAAACCUCCACUGGAAACGUAUUUGAACGAAUGUCCAAUUUUCACUUGGCAGCGUUUAUGGUUUCGUUCAAUUUUUUCAUUUGAUUUGACGAUUUUAGUCGUUUUUUCCAGCGUUACCAAGCCUGCCAAGUCUAUUAUAGCAUUAUUUUUUGUAAUAAAUAAAACUGAAUACUUUGCAGACCUCUGAAAACGAUGGUUCCCGAACGUACACUUCCCUUGUGAAAUCAACAGAAGACAGCGACACUGAAUAUGUGAACCAAAUAACUGCUGCUGAAUAUGUAAAUGCUUGUUAAAUGGAGU